GGAGUAGGCUGAUUUCCCCUACAAAAAAGAAAGAAAAUCGUGCAAAACUCCGUCUAAUCACGUGGCAUACGAGGACAGCCUGCCUUACGGAAACAGAAUCCCACCGCAACGCAGAACAACUCUCGCGUAAUUCAAUCAAGCGGCAUUAAUGCAAUUGAUUAGCUUUUGAUUUGCCUCGCUUUUGAUUUGGUGCUUCGAUCGAUCAUUCCCGAUCAGUGUGGAUUGAAGUGUACCGCAGUUUGGAUCGUCUCUAGUGCGAUGUCUUCGAAGCAGAUUCGCCACCUAGGGAAUCUGUCGCCCCAGGAGCGGGAAAGUUUCGUUCAGUCUUUCGAUUGCGUCAUUUUUGAUUGUGAUGGCGUUCUGUGGACCGUUUUCGAACCCAUUCCGGGAGUCGCUGAAGCACUGGCAGCCCUACGGGCCCAAGGUAAAACGCUCCGCUACAUCACCAACAAUGGCGUACGAUCGUUCGAGCACUACGCAGCUCAGUUCCGAACGCUUGGCGUUAACUUGGAGGCAUCAGACAUCAUACAUCCAGCCCUUUCGGUGGUUCGCCACCUUCAAUCAAUCAACUUUCAAGGAUUAAUCUACUGCAUCGCAACGGAAACAUUCAAGACGGUUCUCCGAGAGGCCGGCUAUGAACUGCUCGAUGGUCCGAAUGAUCCACUGGAGGAGUCCUUUAAAAAAAUUGUCGCCACCAUCAACGAUCACGCGCCGGUUCGGGCAGUCGUUUUGGAUACUGACUUCAACAUCAACUAUCCGAAGCUUUUACGGGCGGAGUUGUACCUGAAAAACGACCCCGACUGUCUGUUGAUCGCGGGUGCGACAGACAAACUGCUGCAUGCCAAACGUGGGUUCAUUCUGAUUGGUCCGGGCUUAUUCUUGAAUGUGCUGGAACAAGGAACCGGAAGGCAGGCAGUUGCGUUGGGGAAACCAGGCACAACCUUGGCGGCACAGGUUUUAGAUCAUUACGCGAUCGAAGAUCCGCGCCGAGUUCUCUUCGUUGGUGACAUGCCCGAGCAGGACAUGCUGUUCGCUACUCGCUGCGGCUUCCAGAAGCUGCUUGUGCUGUCCGGUGGAACCAAUCUGGACGACAUGCUGAAGCUAACCGAUCCGGAGUGUACUCCCGAUUACUACGCCGAUAGUUUGGCCGAUCUCGGAAAAUUGUUUGAAUGAGUAUAGUUUCUUUCUAGCUUGUACAAACAUAGCGAUUACACUGAGAAGAAUAUUUUUCUGUAUUUCAUACUAGAUCCGUGAAAAUACAUGCUUUUAGAACCCACCAGCAUGCGGCAUACCGGCGGAUACAAUGAUCAGAAAA